AUUUUUUUUAGGUGUGGAAUAUCAAACAAAUGAUUAAGUUGACACAGGAACAUAUAGAGGCCCUACUGGACAAAUUCGGUGGGGAGCAUAAUCCACCAUCAAUAUACCUGGAGGCCUAUGAAGAAUACAUCAGCAAGCUAGCUGCCCUCCAACAAAGAGAACAACAGUUAUUGGAAUCCCUGGGGAAUGGAACUGAUUUUUCUGUUUCUAGCUCUGCAUCAAUGGACACCGUUACAUCUUCUUCCUCUUCUAGCCUUUCAGUGCUACCUUCAUCUCUUUCAGUUUUUCAAAACCCCACAGAUGUGUCACGGAGCAACCCCAAGUCACCACAAAAACCUAUCGUUAGAGUCUUCCUGCCCAAUAAACAGAGGACAGUGGUACCUGCAAGGUGUGGAGUUACAGUACGAGACAGUCUAAAGAAAGCACUGAUGAUGCGAGGUCUUAUCCCAGAGUGCUGUGCUGUUUACAGAAUUCAGGAUGGAGAGAAGAAACCAAUUGGCUGGGACACUGAUAUUUCCUGGCUUACAGGGGAAGAAUUGCAUGUAGAAGUGUUGGAAAAUGUUCCACUUACAACACACAACUUUGUACGAAAAACUUUUUUCACUUUAGCAUUUUGUGACUUUUGUCGAAAGCUGCUUUUCCAAGGUUUCCGCUGUCAAACAUGUGGUUAUAAAUUUCACCAGCGUUGUAGUACAGAGGUUCCACUGAUGUGUGUUAAUUAUGACCAACUUGAUUUGCUGUUUGUCUCCAAGUUCUUUGAACACCACCCAAUACCACAGGAGGAGGCCUCCUUAGCAGAGACUGCCCUUACAUCUGGAUCGUCCCCUUCUGCACCCCCCUCAGACUCUAUUGGGCCCCAAAUUCUCACCAGUCCGUCUCCUUCAAAAUCCAUUCCAAUUCCACAGCCCUUCCGACCAGCAGAUGAAGAUCAUCGAAAUCAAUUUGGGCAACGAGACCGAUCCUCAUCUGCUCCCAAUGUGCAUAUAAACACAAUAGAACCUGUCAAUAUUGAUGAAAAAUUCCCAGAAGUGGAAUUACAGGAUCAAAGGGACUUGAUUAGAGACCAAGGAUUUCGUGGUGAUGGAGCCCCCUUGAACCAGCUGAUGCGCUGUCUUCGGAAAUACCAAUCCCGGACUCCCAGUCCCCUCCUACAUUCUGUCCCCAGUGAAAUAGUGUUUGAUUUUGAGCCUGGCCCAGUGUUCAGAGGAUCAACCACAGGUUUGUCUGCAACCCCACCUGCCUCAUUACCAGGCUCACUCACUAAUGUGAAAGCCUUACAGAAAUCUCCAGGACCUCAGCGGGAAAGGAAGUCAUCUUCCUCCUCAGAAGACAGGAAUAGGAUGAAAACACUUGGUAGACGGGAUUCAAGUGAUGAUUGGGAGAUUCCUGAUGGACAGAUCACAGUGGGACAAAGAAUUGGAUCUGGAUCAUUUGGAACAGUCUACAAGGGAAAGUGGCAUGGUGAUGUGGCAGUGAAAAUGUUGAAUGUGACAGCACCCACACCUCAACAGUUACAGGCCUUCAAAAAUGAAGUAGGAGUACUCAGGAAAACACGACAUGUGAAUAUCCUACUCUUCAUGGGCUAUUCCACAAAGCCACAACUAGCUAUUGUUACCCAGUGGUGUGAGGGCUCCAGCUUAUAUCACCAUCUCCACAUCAUUGAGACCAAAUUUGAAAUGAUCAAACUUAUAGAUAUUGCACGGCAAACUGCACAGGGCAUGGAUUACUUACACGCCAAGUCAAUCAUCCACAGAGACCUCAAGAGUAAUAAUAUAUUUCUUCAUGAAGACCUCACGGUAAAAAUAGGUGAUUUUGGUCUAGCCACAGUGAAAUCUCGAUGGAGUGGGUCCCAUCAGUUUGAACAGUUGUCUGGAUCCAUUUUGUGGAUGGCACCAGAAGUAAUCAGAAUGCAAGAUAAAAAUCCGUACAGCUUUCAGUCAGAUGUAUAUGCAUUUGGGAUUGUUCUGUAUGAAUUGAUGACUGGACAGUUACCUUAUUCAAACAUCAACAACAGGGACCAGAUAAUUUUCAUGGUGGGACGAGGAUACCUAUCCCCAGAUCUCAGUAAGGUACGGAGUAACUGUCCAAAAGCCAUGAAGAGAUUAAUGGCAGAGUGCCUCAAAAAGAAAAGAGAUGAAAGACCACUCUUUCCCCAAAUUCUCGCCUCUAUUGAGCUGCUGGCCCGCUCAUUGCCAAAAAUUCACCGCAGUGCAUCAGAACCCUCCUUGAAUCGGGCUGGUUUCCAAACAGAGGACUUUAGUCUCUAUGCUUGUGCUUCUCCAAAAACACCCAUCCAGGCAGGGGGAUAUGGAGAAUUUGCAGCCUUCAAGUAGUCACACCAUCAUGGCAGCAUCUACUCUUUAUUUAAGUCUUGUGUUCGUACAGUUUGUUAACAUCAAAACACAAUUCUGUUCCUCAAACCUUUUUUUAAAGAUAUAAAAUUUUCAAUGCAUAAGCUGGUAUGGAACAGAAUGGAGUUUCCUUUCCAACAAAAGAGGGAAGAAUGUUUUAGGAACCAGAAUUCUCUGCUGCCAGUGUUUCUUCUUCACCACAAAUACCACGUGCAUACGUCUGCCCACUCCCAGGAAGAAAGAGGAGAGACCCUGAAUUCUGACCUUUUGAUGGUCAGGCAUGAUGGAAAGAAACUGCUGCUACAGCUUGGGAGAUUUGCUAUGGAAGGUCUGCCAGUCAACUUUGCCCUUCUAACCACCAGAUCAGUUUGUGGCUGAUCAUCUGAUGGGGCAGUUUCAAUCACCAAGCAUCGUUCUCUUUCCUGUUCUGGGAUUUUGUUGUGGAGCUCUUUCCCCUGGCUACCAUCAGUUAAUUUCUGAGGAAUGGAACAAAAAUGCAGCAUCCCCUUCCUGUGUGGUAUAUGUUCAGUCCUUGACAAAUUCUAUCACAGUGAAGCUCUGUUUAUUUGAUUGGAGGUUGAGCAGUAAGGAGGAGUCUGGGAGCAGAGGAAAAGGGAAUGCUGCAUCUUCUUCCGGACCUCCCAGGUUCUAGCCUCUGGUUGCCUUGCUCCCUGGGGCUCUGCCUAACCAUGCAGGCUGGACAGUGCUGGCACAUACCGCCGCCUUUUCUCAUUGGGUCCAGCAAUGAAGAUGAGAGUUGGGGACUUGUUUCCUCCACAAUGUAGCAAAUUCUCAGGAAAAUACAGUCUAUCUUCCUCUAAGCUCUUCCAGUCACUAAGUACUUAUGUGGCUACUUUGUCCAGGGCCAAAAUGCCAUGGACAGUAUCUGAUUAAAAGCCUACAAAACUGCUUAAUAACAGUUUUGAAUGUGAGAAAUUUAUGUAAUUAAAUGUAAGGUACAGGUUUUAAUUUCUGAGUUUCUUCUAUUAUAUUUUUAUUAAAAAGAAAAUAAUUUUCAGCUGUAAUUGAAUUGGAGUGAAAUUAUAGUUCCCACCAGAAUUAUAUAGCCUGAAAACUGUAUUUUUGUUACAUAAACAACUUUUAAAGAAAGAUCAUUAUCCUUUUCUCUACCUAAAUAUGGGGAGUCUUAGCAUAAUGACAAAUAUUUAUAAUUUUUAAAUUAAUGGUACUUGCUGGAUCCACACUAACAUCUUUGCUAAUAAUCUCAUUGUUUCUUCCAAUUGAUUCCAACACUACAUCCUACAUCCACUUUCUAGUCUUUUACCUAGAAUAUGCAACCUGAAAUAAAAAUGGUGGUAUCUGUAUUCAUUCUCCUCCUUCCUUUUUUCCCAAGCCUGGUCUUCAAAAGGUUGGAUAAUUUUGCAGCUGAGUUCCCCAAACAGAGAAUAGGAAAAUCUUAGGGAUGUCAAGACUGAGGUAGGGUGUGUGAAGCCUACCAUCAGUUGUUUUUAUAGAAAGAGCUGCUGUGGUAUUGAGAACCUAAAUCUGUCUUAUCUUUUCACAAAUGGAAAAUAUAACCUAGUCAUAGCUUCCCUUGACCUUUAUUAAAGGGCAGAUUAUAAAUCACCAAAGUAGCAAAGAAAGUGACCAGAUGUAUUAAUAGCAAAUAAUCUCCUUAGAAUCACUUAUCAGGAUUGAGGAAUCCAAAUUAAAUGAGAUGUACUUAGCCCAGAUGAGUCAUAGCCAAGGACCUGAAGGAAAUUCCACAGGACUUAUAUCAGGGAACCAACCAGAAGUUAGUUAAAUUUUUCAGAUUAUAAUUCCUCUCCCACUAUACUAUAUUUCAUUAGAUAAAUUUUGCUAAAAUAUAUUAAUCAGAAGAAGGCCUAUUGAAAAUUUCAUGGAUUUAACAAAGGUUGUUCCAGUAAAAUGGAAUAUAUCCUAAGUUAUUAACAGUUUUAACAAUGAUGUGUUUUUACUGGUUGUUUUUAUUUAUUUAUUAUUUUUUUUUAUUGGUUUUGGGUUUUUUUGUUUGUUUUGUUUUGUUUUGUUUUGCAGUGCUGGGGAUGGAACCCAAGCAAAUGCUCUACCACUGAGCCACAUCCCCAGUCAGUGAAAUGAGCAGAGAAAAUUUAGAAAUCAAAAGGUGUCUUCUGUGCAUAUGAUGCUGCCUCUUUCUGAAAAGCAUUGUUUAUUUGUCCUUUUUAAAUAUAUCUCUAUAGAUGGUUGUAAAUAUGGCUAUGUUCCCUUUACAAAGAUUGGCUCAGAGCUUAGAUCCUCUCUGGAGAGAGCAGGGCUUGAAUCAUAGAUGUGUAUGUGGGUCCUGCUGAGGAGCAGAGCCUGCUCUGUGUGCUGGGCCUGCAAGCGGGGCCACCUCAGCAUCUGGGACAACUCCAGCACACUUAGGGAGGAAGCUUAGCAUUCCAGUUUUCUGAAUGAAAUACAGGGUAAUACUUUUUAUCCUCCUUUCAUUUUAAAGUAGAUUGCUGUUUCAUCUGAAAAGCUGAUAAAUGAAGCUGUGCCCAGAAACCAGGCUCAGGGUUUUGAGAGAUUUUUUUAUAGAGAACUUUAGAAAUAAAUAAAAUGUUUAAACCUUCCUUUUCUUUAUUCCCAUCAAAUCAUAGUUUUUCACUUUAGUUUACAAAUGGCGAAAAAAGGAGUUUCUUUUGGGGUUUUUUGUUUAAUUUUUUAUGUUUAUACUGCAGAAAGACUUGUUGAGCGCCUAAGAAAAUAGAAGGAAGAAACCCUUGUUUGUGCAAAGCACUUUAUGAGUAAUUUGUGGAGACAGUGUGUGGCUGCUUCACCCAUCAUCUUAUAAGGCUGUAGCUGUCAAGUCUUGUCCAUAAAGUGGUUGCAGUGCCUUCUGCGGGUGUUUCAUUUUUGGUAGGAAGAAUGAAGCCUUCUAAAAAAUUUGAAAGCAACUAUAAAAGAUUGUUUUUAAAUAAUAUAAUAUUUCUUAUGGGUUUUUUUCCUUUAUUAUUAAACUAGGGUCUAGGACCCUGAAAAUUGCCACUGAAAUACUAUUGACCCUCCAAAAAAAAAAAAAAAAAAACGUUUUAUAGAAGGGGUUUGUGAAUAAAAAAAAAUCCAAUGUGAUCAUUUGUACUUUCAUGCACUUUAAAAGACUUUGUCAAGCUAUCAAAUUCUGGUUCCUGAACAUCCCAUCCCUGAUUGUAUUUGAGGUUUAGUAGGUCAUACUGAGGCAUCCUAGAAGCUGAAAUUUCAUAUAAGUUAUGUUUAUGUUGGUAUUAGAGAGGAAGAACUAAAAAGAAAUAAUUCCAGCCUUCAGCACUGUCAGCCCAAGACUUUGUAAACACCCUCAUUCUUGUGUGGUGUGUCACAGCUCUUUAUCACAGUGCGCUAUCUUGUAUCCAUCAGGCACCGCUGGAGCUGCUGCACACCCCUCCUCAGACUCACCUGUCCCCACCUGCAUACCCACCUCGCCAGGCUUUUGCAAAUCUCUUCUAGCUGUAGUUUGAAACACAUUGCAGGGUUCAGGUGACCUCUUCAAAAAAACUACCUCCUCAGGAUGAGGUAAUGAAUAGUUAUUUAUCUUAAAAUAUGAAAAGUCAGGAGCUUUAGAACAUGAAGAUGAUUUAAGAUUUUAACUUUUGUGUGUACUUCUAUUUGAGCACUCUCAUUUUGUCCUAAAGGGCAUUACUACAUUUAAGCAGUGAUACUGUAAAAAAAAAAAAAAAAAAAAAAAAAUUGUAGUUCGAGUAUCUGAAUGUUGUUGGAAGUGGUGCCAGAAUCUGUUUAGGGGUACGUUUCAGAAUCUUAAUCUGAAGUCAGUUGCAUGGAGUUAAAUAGUUAGGGUAUCGCUUCACUACCAGUGAUAUGAUCUUAGUUUUCAGUAGGCUCAGCAAGGUAGCACAUCUUCAUAAUGAGUUAGCCACAGCUUUGUCAUUUACACAGAUACUCAUGAGAGACUGCCCAGCCAAGAGGGUAGAGUGACUGCCCUUUAUGCAAGAUUCUCCUUUUUGUCCCAGUUGGAGUUUUUAAUGCUAGAAUAUCAGAUGUCAACUGUUAGGCCAUAAACCACAGCCAGGACGGAAGGUUUACUGUGAGUAGGAAUAGCAAGUAGCUUACAGGUCAUACAGGGAAAUGAUGUAGGUGAGGCUCUAGAAAAAUACCUUGACAAUUUGCCAAAUGAUCUUACUGUGCCUUCAUGAUGCAAUAAAAAAAAAAGCUAAAAUUUUAGCAGAAAUCAGUGAUUUGUGAAGAGAGCAGCCACUCUGGUUUAACUCAGCUGUGUUAAUAUUUUUUAGAGUGCAAUUUAGACUGCAAAGAUAAAUGCACUAAAGAGUUUAUAGCCAAAAUCACAUUUAAAAAAUGAGAAAACACAAGUAAAUUUUCAGUGAACAAAAUUAUUUUUUUAAAGCACAUAAUCCCUAGUAUAGUCAGAUAUAUUUAUCACAUAGAGCAACUAGGUUGAAAAUACAAUUCAGUGACAUUUCUAGAGAAACUUUUUUCUACUCCCAUCAGUUCUUCAAAGCAUGGAACUUUUAUACAACAGAAAUGUUUGACAGACAUUUUAAGAAACUGCUGUAGUUUAGUGUUGAAGUACUGUAAUGCUGGGCAGCAAUCAUGUAUUAACCUAAUGAGAAAGGAGAAAUUAAAAUAGAGUAAAGAAUUUGAUUUGAUUAGUUUCCAGAGUACUGCUGCCAACUUAGACACUGAAUUUUCAGAGUUUGAAAUGUAACUCACCUCCCAGACUUGUCUGCAAAAUGAAGCUGGACUGUGCUACUAAUCCUGCUGUAGUGCAUGGUGGGGGGCCAAGGAGGGCGAUCUCUGGAGACCUCCUUUGUGAAGGGCCAUUGGACAUUGGAAUUGUGAAUGACCUAGCAGGUAGGUGUAAAACUGGACAUACUUCAUGGUGUGGUUCUUGUAUCUUGUUUCAUUCCUCACCACCCCCAAGAAAGCCAAUGUAUUGUCCCCAGCACAUCCUUUAGCUGUUUGGCUGAAAUACUGAAAUGAAUUACUAAUGCCCAAGGAGGGCAGUAGCACCUCUGCCUGCAGAGGCAAUGAUUUGUAACUGACCAGAGGAGAGUAAAGUGACCAGUGCAUUUGUGGUACAUGUUUCUAGCUCUGGUAAAGGUAAAUACUGGUAAGAUGUUUGUUAUAUCAGUACACUUGACCAUAAGCUUUUUUUUAAAGUAACUUUAGAUAUUUAAAUUAAAAUUCAGUCCUAAUUGUUGUUCAUUGUGAGAAGGAUAUUUAACAGUUCCUAUUGGGUAUUUUUGAAGUAGAAAAGGACAGCAUCUGAAGUCCUAAAAUCUUAAGGUAACAGGUAAAAAAAAAAAAAAUACAUGAGGACACUCAGUCACCACCUCAACAAAGUGAUCAAAGUAGAUCCUUUAUUUCAGCACCCACAA